AUGGUUACUAAAAAAUUAGCGGAAACGUCUGUUUCUAAUCCUUCAGGAUGGAAAAGUUUAUUAAUAUUUACAGUUUUACUAUUAGCAUGGUUAGCCGGGUUUUCUUCCAGACUAUUUGCCGUCAUUCGGUUUGAAAGUAUUAUUCAUGAAUUUGACCCUUGGUUUAAUUACCGUUCAACGGCUUAUAUGGUUAAACAUGGAUUUUAUAAUUUCUUGAAUUGGUUUGAUGAGAGAGCCUGGUACCCCCUGGGAAGAAUAGUUGGAGGAACUAUUUACCCUGGUCUAAUGAUAACUUCUGGUAGCAUACAUUACAUUUUACAUUCUUUGAAUAUACCUGUUCACAUAAGAGAUAUAUGUGUAUUUUUGGCUCCCAUAUUCAGUGGAUUAACUGCAAUCGCUACAUAUUUUUUAACUAAAGAAUUAUGGUCAAGUGGAGCAGGACUUUUUGCUGCAUGUUUUAUUGCUAUAGUACCUGGUUACAUCAGUAGAUCAGUGGCAGGAAGCUACGACAAUGAAGGAAUAGCUAUAUUUGCUUUACAGUUAACCUAUUUUCUCUGGGUUAAGUCAGUCAAAACGGGAUCAAUAUUUUGGUCUAGUCUUACUGCACUGUCUUAUUUUUACAUGGUUUCUGCCUGGGGUGGAUAUGUAUUUAUUAUUAAUUUAAUUCCUCUUCAUGUAUUUGCCCUUUUAAUAAUGGGCAGAUACUCAAGCAGAUUGUUUACUUCUUACACAACAUUUUAUGUUUUGGGCUUGCUUUUGAGUAUGCAAAUACCUUUUGUCGGUUUUCAACCUAUUCGUACAAGUGAACACAUGGCAGCUUCUGGUAUUUUUGCUUUGUUAAUAGCAGUGGCAACUCUUAAACACAUGCAAACUGUUUUGUCAAAGGCUGACUUUAAACACCUUUUUAUAGUCGGAGGUAUAUCGGCAGCUGUUUUAGUUUUUUUAACAGUAGUUAUCUUAACAUACUUUGGUGUGAUUGCUCCAUGGAGUGGUCGUUUUUAUUCACUUUGGGAUACUGGUUAUGCGAAAAUUCACAUUCCAAUUAUAGCUUCAGUUUCUGAACAUCAACCAACUACUUGGUUCUCAUUUUUUUUCGAUUUCCAUAUAUUAGUUACAACAUUUCCAGUUGGUUUGUGGUAUUGCAUAAAGAAUGUCAACGAUGAAAGAGUUUUUGUCAUACUCUAUUCUUUAAGUGCUGUAUAUUUUGCUGGAGUCAUGGUUCGUUUAAUUCUGACUUUAACUCCAGUUGUAUGCAUGCUGAGCGGUGUAGCCUUUUCUAUUUUCUUUGGGUCAUUUCUUAAAGAAGACGAAAGAGCAACAAAUGUUGAAAGUGAUAGCGAAGACAGUUCAAACGACAGAAGCAGCAAUAAAAAUAUGUAUGACAAGGCUGGUAAAUUAAGAAAAAUGAGACACGAACAACAAAAAGAUGCAGAAGGACUUGGAGUUAAUGUAAAAAGUAUUGUUACGAUUGGUGUGGUAUUGACAUUGGUUAUGUUUGCUGUUCAUUGUACCUGGGUUACAAGCAACGCUUAUUCAAGUCCUAGUAUUGUCCUUGCUUCUUAUAGCCAAGACGGAUCCAGGCAAAUAUUAGAUGAUUUUAGAGAAGCAUAUUUUUGGAUUUCACAAAAUACUGCCAACGAUGCGAGAAUAAUGAGCUGGUGGGAUUACGGAUAUCAAAUAGCAGGAAUGGCAAAUCGUACUACUCUGGUUGAUAAUAAUACCUGGAAUAACAGUCACAUCGCUUUGGUUGGUAAAGCCAUGUCAUCCAACGAAAGCGAAGCAUAUAAAAUAAUGACGGCUUUGGAUGUUGAUUACGUAUUGGUUAUUUUCGGGGGUGUCAUCGGAUAUUCGGGAGACGACAUAAAUAAAUUUUUGUGGAUGGUGAGAAUCGCCGAAGGAGAGCAUCCCAAAGACAUUCGGGAAGCAGAUUAUUUCACCGAGAGGGGAGAAUUUCGUGUGGAUUCAGAGGGGACUCCGACACUUUUAAAUUGUCUAAUGUAUAAAUUAAGUUACUUUAGAUUUGGAGAAUUAAAAAUGGAUUACAGGAGUCCUGCUGGUUUCGAUAGAACGAGAAAUUCGGUGAUUGGAAAUAAAAAUUUUGAUUUAACUUAUUUGGAAGAAGCUUACACGACGGAACAUUGGCUAGUAAGAGUUUACAGGUAA